GGGGCGGGUCCCGCCCCCGAGCGCCGCGGUCAGUCGGGCGGCGGCGGCGGCGGCGGCGGCAGCGGAGGGGGCGGCUCCGCCGGGCUGAGGAGCGGACGCGGGGCUGCAGCUCAGGAUCGCGACACGAUGAGGCGAGUGGUACGACAGAGCAAAUUUCGGCACGUGUUCGGCCAGGCGGUGAAAAAUGACCAGUGCUACGACGACAUCCGCGUCUCCCGCGUCACCUGGGACAGCUCCUUCUGUGCCGUGAACCCCAGGUUCGUUGCAAUAAUCGUGGACGCGAGCGGCGGCGGAGCGUUCCUGGUGCUGCCUUUGCACAAGACGGGCCGGAUUGACAAGUCCUAUCCAACAGUGUGCGGGCACACAGGACCGGUGCUGGACAUAGACUGGUGUCCCCACAACGACCAGGUCAUCGCCAGCGGCUCCGAGGACUGCACCGUGAUGGUGUGGCAGAUUCCCGAGAACGGACUCACCCUGUCCUUGACAGAGCCGGUGGUGGUUCUAGAAGGCCAUUCGAAGCGAGUCGGCAUCGUGGCUUGGCACCCGACCGCGCGCAACGUGCUGCUCAGCGCAGGUUGCGAUAACGCAAUCAUCAUCUGGAACGUGGGGACAGGCGAAGCCCUCAUAAACCUGGAUGACAUGCACGUGGAUGUGAUUUACAACGUGAGCUGGAAUCGCAACGGCAGCCUAAUCUGUACAGCUUCCAAAGACAAAAAAGUUCGAAUUAUUGACCCCAGGAAACAAGAAAUCGUUGCCGAGAAAGAGAAGACCCACGAGGGAGCCCGGCCCAUGCGAGCCAUUUUCCUCGCCGAUGGAAACAUCUUCACAACCGGCUUCAGCCGCAUGAGCGAACGGCAGCUCGCCCUGUGGAAUCCGAAAAACAUGGAGGAACCAAUAGCCCUCCAUGAGAUGGACACCAGCAAUGGGGUCCUCCUGCCCUUCUACGACCCGGAUACCAACAUUAUUUACUUGUGUGGCAAGGGCGACAGCAGCAUUCGCUACUUCGAGAUCACGGAUGAAUCCCCCUACGUUCACUACCUCAACACCUUCAGCAGCAAGGAGCCGCAGAGAGGGAUGGGGUUCAUGCCAAAGAGGGGCCUUGACGUGAACAAGUGUGAGAUUGCCAGGUUCUUCAAGCUUCAUGAGAGAAAAUGUGAGCCCAUCAUCAUGACGGUCCCUCGAAAGUCGGACCUCUUCCAGGAUGACCUGUACCCUGAUACAGCUGGCCCAGAGGCAGCUCUGGAGGCAGAGGAGUGGUUUGAGGGGAAGAACGCCGAUCCCCUGCUCAUUUCCUUGAAACAUGGGUACAUUCCUGGCAAGAACAGGGAUCUCAAGGUGGUCAAGAAGAAUAUACUGGACAACAAGCCUGCCGCAAACAAGAAAAGUGAUCUCAUAAAUGCUCCAAAGAAAGCAGCUGAUGCCUCAGACACUCAAAACGAAGCCAAAUUGGAUGAGAUUUUGAAAGAGCUGAAAUCCAUAAAAGACACGAUCACCAACCAAGACGAGCGCAUUUCCAAGCUGGAGCAGCAGAUGGCGAAGAUCGCAGACUGAGCGGGGCGAGCGGGCGCUGGCGGGCGCUGCCAGCCCAGACACAUUCCAGUUCCCCGGUUCGGCAAGCAGCAGCGUGCAGCAUUCCAGUACGAGCUUUCCUCUUCUCCCAAAUUCACGUCAACGAGAGCCGAUGAUUAAAAGCCAAGCUUUUUAGUGAAAUAUUUUUUUCUGAUGUUUUAAUGAAUUCAUGUGACUGUGUCAAACAAUUCAAAAAGAAUAAGUGCUACUUUGACAGUCUU